CUCCAAGUGAUUUUUCUCUUCAUCUCUGACAGUUUCAGCCUCAGGCAGCAAGUGUUUCAGGUGUGCUCUUACCUGCCUAGCUGUGCUCAUAUUCUCUUUCAUGAUGGCAGCCAGAGCAGAAUAAGAAUCAUCUACAACCCACCAGAAACUGCAAUCUACUAGGGACGAUUUGGUUUCUCAACAUGAUCCUUGUCUUUCUUUUUGUUUAUCUUCCAGCAGUAAAACUCCAGGACUUCCAGGACCAGUGCCCAGGCAGGUCCUGUCACCCUCAACUUGGUGACCUGUUGGUGGGUCGAGCAGCGCAGCUGUCAGCCUCAUCCACCUGUGGUCUUGAUGGACCCCAGAACUACUGUAUUGUUGGAUACCUGGAGGGGGAGCAGAAAUGUUUCACAUGUGACUCCAGACUACCGUUUAGUAUCCAGGAUAACCCUUUGAGCCAUCGUAUCGAAAAUGUCAUCUCCAACUUUGACUAUGAGAGUCGAAUGAAGUGGUGGCAGUCUGAGAAUGGAGUUCAUCAGGUCAGCAUCCGGUUAGAUCUGGAGACCAUAUUUCAAUUCAGCCACCUGGUCCUCACAUUCAAGACUUUCAGGCCUGCAGCAAUGUUAGUGGAGCGCUCCAAGGACUUCGGAAAAAGCUGGAAAACCUUUCGCUACUUUGCAGACGAUUGUUCCAUUCAUUUCCCUUCAGUUCCAGCUGGAUCUGCAAGAUUUAUUGAUGACGUGUUCUGUGACAGCAGAUACUCUGGACCCGAACCAUCCACAGGUGGAGAGGUGGUACUAAAGGCCCUAGAUCCUGUCUUUGAAAUAGAAAACCCGUAUGAUCAAAAAAUUCAAGAACUGAUCACAGUUACAAAUAUCCGGGUGAAUUUCACUCAUCUCUACACGCUUGGUGACACUUUGCUGGCUCGCAGACGAAGGAAUCCUCAGGAGAAGUAUUACUAUUCACUUUACAGCAUGGUGGUUCAGGGAAGCUGCUUCUGUAAUGGACACGCCAGCCGGUGUGUCCCGGUGGAUGGAGGACGUGGGGAUGUCUUCACCGAGCCUGGCAUGAUUCAUGGUCGAUGUGUUUGUCAACACAACACAGCUGGAGAGAAUUGUGAGCGAUGCCAGUCCCUCUACAAUGACUCCCCCUGGAGGCCUGGAGGAGAAAACACAGACAGCAUCUGCAGGAGGUGUAACUGCCACGGUCACUCAGACUCAUGUCACUUUGAUGCUGCUCGCUAUGAAGCAACCAGAGGAGUGAGUGGCGGCGUUUGUGAUGACUGCCGCCAUGACAGAACGGGGCCUCAAUGUGAACACUGUCUGCCUUUCAUGUAUCAGGACCCACAGAGGGCACUGGAGGACCCUCAAGCCUGCAUACCGUGUGACUGUGACCCUGCCGGCUCUCUCAACGGAGGUCUGUGUGAUGCUUCAAGCGGUCGCUGUUUCUGUAAGGAAAACGUGGAGGGUCCACAUUGCGAUCGCUGCAAACAUGGCUUCUUCAAUCUGAGACAGGAGAACCCAACUGGAUGUGACGAAUGUAAAUGCCACCGUUUGGGAAGUGUUGGACCAUGUGACCAGCUGACAGGAAGCUGUAAAUGUGAGCCAAUGGCUACUGGGCCCCUGUGUGAUCAGUGUGUGGCAGGUUUCUGGGGUUUGGGAAACUCCAUGUUCAGAUGUUCACCCUGUGAUUGUGAUGUCGGUGGAGCUCACAGCAACAUGUGUUCUUCAGAGGACGGGCAGUGUCACUGUUUACCCAACAUGAUCGGCCGGCGCUGUUCUGAUCCUGCUCCUGGUUACUUCCUGCCUUCACUGAACUACUUCCUGUAUGAGGCGGAGCUAGCUGUACAACAGGCAGGAGGAAACUCCUCCCCUUCUCCGCCUUCUCGUCCUUCACCCUCUUCCUCUCCUCUGGUGAAUCCCAGCCUUUUGCCUCCAUGUGAGCAGUACUACAGAAAUCAGGGCUAUGACUUCAAAGUCUCCAAUGGAAAGGUGGUUUUGGUCCGGAAGCCACGUCGUCUCAGCCGCCGAAGGCGUCAGCAGAACAUCAACCGUCUGAAUCGGAGGCCCUUGCAGAUCCUCCCCCACCAAGGGUCACCUGAGCAGUCUGGAACUGGUCUGGGAUUAGUCAGAGUCACAGAGGGGGCGGGGCUUACAUUCACAGUGGACAACCUUCCAACAUCGAUGGAAUAUCAUCUGGUGAUCCGCUAUGAGUCUGAGUCUGCCUCUGAUUGGCUGGCUACUGUACGGAUUAUUACGCUAUCCCCAGGUGAUGGAGCCUGCAGUGAUACCCCAACCGGAAGUCUAACACUGAUUCUUCCAAGAAACUCCAGAUUGGGAAUUCUGGACUCCCGGCUGUGUCUUAAUGCUGGAGGUCGUUACAAUAUGGAGAUUUUCUUUGACCGGGAGCAAAUUCUAGACAACUCUCCCUUGUUGGUUGAUUCGAUGGGACUGAUUCAGAUUUUUGAUUCGGUCCAAAACUUUUGUUCCCAUAGUGACUUCGACUCUUUAAGUAACUUUCGCUGCGUAGGAUUGGAUGUCUAUCUUGGCUCUCAGGAGUCGCUUCCUAAAAUCUGCGAGGGACUAAUCAAGAGUCUGUCAGCUCGCAUCCACAACGGAGCUGUGGCUUGCAGGUGUAACAGCAUCGGUUCUCUUGGAUCAGGAUGCAGUAAGUUGGGUGGGUUCUGUGAAUGCCAGCGCAGCGUGAUUGGACGUUGUUGCGAUGCCUGUGCACCAUUGCACUUUGGAUUUGGACCUGAAGGCUGUAAACGCUGCGAAUGUGAUCCUCGAGGGUCCCUUUCGGAGGCGUGUGAUGUGAUCAGCGGUCAGUGUGAUUGUCGCCCCCAGGUGACAGGUCAACGAUGCGAUCGAUGCGAGUCUGGAUUCUGGGGAUUCCCCCUCUGUCAGCCUUGUGAUUGCAAUGACCUGUCAGAGACAUGCGAUGGAGAGACAGGAACGUGUCUAAACUGCAGAGAACACAGCACCGGGCCACACUGUAACAGGUGUGUGGAGGGUUACUAUGGUAACCCAGUCUCCAGGCAAUCGUGUCAGCCCUGCCUGUGUCCUGACAUCUUGAGCAGUGGACGAUUCUUUGCCUCUUCCUGUCAGUACGACGAACAGUCCCUAAGUGUUAGCUGUUCCUGUAGAGAAGGGCAUGCAGGUCCACAAUGUGACAGGUGCAGUCCUGGUUUCUAUGGAGACUUGACCUUACCUGGUGCAACCUGUAAAGUGUGCUCUUGCAACAACAACAUCGAGCCCAACAGUGGUGACGCCUGCGACACCAAAACUGGAGAAUGUCUUCGCUGCCUUUACCACACGACAGGUCCACAGUGCCAAUUCUGCAAACCUGGUUUCUAUGGCAACGCCUUGCAACACAACUGCAAAGGUAAAACGGUCAACAAGUCGCAU